AUGGCGCAGCACGACGGAGGGGGCAGCGUGAAAGCCAUCGUGAAAGCGGAGCCCGUUGGAGGGCUCUCGUCCCUGCUGCUGGACGAGGCGAUGGCUGCCGAGGCGCCCUACCCUUGCGGCCGCUGCGGAGCGUUCCACGGCAACGAGAGCGGCUACUGCUCGGCCUGCUCCGCCGGCUGGUUCAACUAUUCCCUCGUCGCGAAGACCGGUCGGCUCCAGCGGCGAUCGUACCUCGCGCUCGUGACGCUCGUGAUGAGCUACUUCGAGACCAGCGACCGGCUCGUACUCUCGGUGUUCGUCGGCUCGACGGGGCUCAUCGUGUUCUUCUGGUUCCUCACCAAGAGUAUCGCCACCGCGGCGCCGGCCUGGAUCGCCGCGCUCGUGCUCUACGUCGUCGCGGUGCUCUACUUGAUCCCGACGAUCCGCGGCACCGUGGUCACGAUCGAGGACGUCGACAAGAUCAGCGCGCUAUUCGACGCGGCCACCAAAACGUGCCUCGAUGGUGUGGCGGAAACUGACGCGGGGCCGGAGCCUCACAAAUGUGAAGGCGAACAACUUGUGCAGCCGACUUCCGAGCUGCGGCGCCUCUACGUCCUGGCGCGCGCGCGGCUCGCGGGCUUCGAGGUGGAAGUCGUCGAGUGCCUGGCGCGCGCGGACCGCGAGCCGACGGAGCCGCGCGAGACCAAGGCGGCGCAGCUCAAACAAUUGUUCCGCGCGCGGGAGAAGGUCGCCGUGGAUUACGGCGGCAGAGGGGAGCGCCUGCGCGACGUGUUGCGGGCUUCGAUCGUGUGCGAGACGGUGGGCGAGUUACAGACGCUCGGGGACGCGCUGAGGGCUCUCGAAGCGGCCGGAACCGUGCGCGUGCUGCAGAUAAAGAACCGGUUUCGGGGGCAUCCGACGCCGUCGGGGUAUCGCGACGUCAACGUCAGCCUCCUCUACCACGGCUUCAUCGCCGAGCUGCAGAUUCACCUCCGGGCGAUCAUGUCCAUCGCGGAAAGGCAGCACGUCGCCUAUGAGUACGCUCGAGAGAUGGACUUGAUGGGCGUGCUCGAGAAGCCGGUCGAAGACACAAACUGCAUGGCCUCGGUGCGCCGCCAGGGCAUCACCUACCUCGUCGCGAGGAUGGUGCCCGCGACGCUGAGCGUCGUGAUCGGCUGGCUCUACGUCGACGCCUUCUGCCUCAGGGGCGCCAAUCUCAUCGUCAAGCGGGCGGAUCUGUUACCGACGCGCAAAUCCAGUCCACCCUACGUCUUGCUGCGAGUGUACGGCCUCAUCUUGGCCGCGCCGUACUGGGCGAACGCCUUUCUACUGUGUCGCGCCGCCGGUUUCUUUGGCGAAAAGGCGCGGCAGCAGCGGCACGAGAAGACGCGCGUCGCGAUGCUCUACGAGCGCUACUUUGGCUACGACGGCACGCUGUUUGUCUGGAAGAUCUUCUGCUUCCAAAUCUGCGAGGUGGCCCUGCAGUCCUUCGGGAAACUACCGCUAUUCCUCAUUUGGUCGUCGCCCUUCGACUGCCUGCGUGCGACCUGUAGAAAUAGGAUAAAAUCGAAAAGCUUCGGGAAGGCCAUGAGCGAGGGCCGGAGCGCCUCCUUCCUACACGCGUUCGUGAUAUUUUUCUUCGCGGCGCUCCUGGUCAACGUCCUCUAUCCGACCUUCCUUCUGCGGACGCGGCACGUCUUCUAUCAGCGGAACUUCUCCUUUAUUGCUGACACGGUGCUCGACGUCAUAUACGCCCUCGUGCCCUUUAUUUUUCUCGGGCUCGGAGUGCGCUCCCAGCCGAUGAUCAUCCCCCACGACCCAAUAGAAUACACUUCCAACCUGUUUCCCAUGCUUCACGCUCAUUUUGUGAUAUCAGUCCUGGAGAGAGCGGCGGAAGAGCGGCGGGCGCUGCGAAAAGAAGCCGUCGUGACGGCGUCGGGCGUGUCGGAUAAGUUGAGUGGCGGUGACGAUGAGGAAGGCGCGACCGCGGCGCCGGGCGCGGCCGGCGACGGGGCCGUAUCAACCAGCAAAUACGCGCCGCAGCUGUAUGUGGCGCUCGUCGUCGCAUGCGUCGCCUCGUGGUGCGUCGCUUUCUGCGCGAUUGGCCUCGAGCUGCAGAUCACUACUACCGCGUUCUUCUUUGUGACAAGUCUAGCGCUUCCACUGGCCGCGCGCGCCGCCGGGCGGCCGUCGUUCUCGACGUGGAUGCCGGCGCUCGGCCUCGGUCCGGUUUACAUAGCGAUAUUCUGGGCCCGCGCCAGCCCCGUGUUCUUGUGCUGGGCUCUCGUCGCGCACGGAGCCCUAGUCCUUUUCUCGGCGCCGGAGACGGAUACUGGGCCGCAAACGCGCGCGUCCAUGGCGGCCGGGCAGGGCCGCCUGCCGCGCUGGGGCGCUGCCGCGUACUUUCUCAUUACGGCCGGAAGCGUCGUCACCGCGACAAUGCUCUACCUUUCCGGUAACGCUGUAUACUCGACGUGUCAGCCGUGUGAAUGCGAUGCGAAAGGCGUCCUCCUCAAUUGCGACGUGUUCGCCGAGGCGGAGUCGUUGACGUUGGUGAAAGGACUGAACGUGAAUGCGUUCGUCAAAGAACUCUACCUUACUAACAAGGGCAUCACCGAAAUCCGCCCGGGCGCGUUCAAAGGGCUCCCGAACCUUGAAAAGCUCGUUCUGAAGAACAAUAAGAUCGACGGACUCGAGCCUCGGACCUUCGAGGGCCUCCACUCGAUCCAUCGCAUCGAGCUCCAGCGAAACGACAUCACAUCAAAAGCAAAAGUAAAGUGCGGCGCGCUCGACGGUGCCCGCCGCGACGAUGCUGGCAUCAACGUGAGGGUUGACCGAGACGAACUCUUCUGCAGCGAAUAUCGACACAUCUCCCACAUCACGCCGUGUUCGUGCUAUGACAUCCCGGACCAAUGCACAACGGCCACCCAGGAACAGCUGGAUUCGUACUACGUCCCCAAGCUUUCCGAUGAUUCGUUCAUCGCGCUCUCGUGGAGAGAUGCGGAGCGGUACUGCGAGAGCCCGUGGGUGAUGGCGUCCGGCAGCGCGCACCUAGUGACCAUUAGAUCUGAGGCGGACCUGGACGCGAUGAACGAACUCAUGGGGUGUCGAGACUUCUGGAUUGGCUACGACAGGCAGGGAAAUGACACGUCCUGGAAGUGGACCUCCGGCGACGCGAGCACGUUCGAGGAGUGGGGCGGACGCGGGCCGGGCGCCUCUCGGGGCGGUUUCGAUUGCGCCACCCAGUCCAACCUCGGGGAAUGGUACCCCAUGUUGUGCGAGCUACCAGUCCGGUAUCCCUUCGUCUGCGAGCUGGCCGAGGGCUCCGCCUGGACGUGGCCUACGGCAGCGCCGACAACGAUCGCGCCCUCUGUUUCGCCAAAGCCGACCAUGGACCUGGACCUGCCCCUAGCUCUGGCAAUCGAUGGCACGAAAGACACUUUCUACUACGAUGCGCCGCUCUGGACAAACGAUGAGCUUUUGGACGAGGGCGGAGAGUCGAAGACAGACGAAUUCUUCACGCCCUCGACCACGUUUACGGUCGUGAUGCGGACGGGGUCUGAGGAUAGGACGCUUAUCAUCGAGCUCAGUCACCCGAAGAGCCUGAAAGAAUUAUUUAGCGGUGGCUACACGAAAACGUCGGCCAGUUUAGACGAGUGGCGCGGCCUCGUGCCGAACGCGGGGUACCAAGAAAACUGCAACCACCAGGGCUUCAACGUGGCCGCGGACAACUGCUAUGUUGACGACUUUUCGGACUGGAAGUGUAGACUGCGCCUCGGGAUCUGGUUCAACGAGCAAAACGACUGUCGGUCAUCAGAUAGCUUCGUAGGCCUCGGCGCGACCGAGUGGUCGUCGGGGUCGGUCUGCGAAGAGGCGGACGAGGGCCAAUGCCUCAACGUGCCUUCGUUUACGCGCAUCUAUGUAGGCGGUGUAACGGCACCGCCGACCUUCUCGCCAGAGCCGUCCCGAGCCCCGACCACCGCCGUUCCGACGUCGUCGCUGGCCCCGACGUCGUCACUUCCUGUCCCGACUAUCGCGUGCGGAGAGACUCGGACUGGUUCCACGGUCAACGAAGCGCAUUGGCUGUCAGGCAACGACGCGCCCGACCACUUCUAUUUGAUCACGCCUUCCGAGACUGCGUACUAUCACUUCUCGACCUGCGGAUCGAGUUUUGACACGACGCUAUACCUAUAUCAUGUGCAGAAUUCCAGUAGCUUUGACAGCUGCCUCCGGGAACCGGCACCGCACGCGGGCUUUGUGGAGAAUAUCGAGAAGAAUAUGGACGAUGAAGGAUGGCAAAACUGCGUCUUCAAAAUGCCAAGUUCGUCUAGGGAUGACCUUGAGGAUUUCUGGACCAAGCAGGAGUUAGAGGCCGGCGAGACGUAUGUACUGCAGGUCACCGGACAUGCGGACCAAGAGUGCUGGGAGGACAACGAGCGCGAUGCGUCGGCCGCCGGGGAUUACGUCCUGUCGGUCGAGUGCGCCGAUGAACCCGUCGACACUUGGUGUCUCGGUUUUGAGUGGUGCACGGAUAAACAAUUAGGGGAGGACGGAACUGGAUUUUGCAACGAGGUGCGAAAUGACUUGGACGGCUACUGCGUGACCGACGCGGACUGUGAGGCAAAAUCGAGCUGCUACGCGGACUGCGCGGCUACACCGGGCUGCGACCAGCCUUUCCUUAUGUGUGACGAGGGCGUCUGCCACUCAUACAUUUUAGACGAACGGUGCGACGGUCAAGAUGACGACUUUGACCUAGGUGAUGGUUAUUCGUGUUGGUCGGAUGAUGAGGGCACCGGUUGGCGCGAGGCCCAUUGCUCCAUGUUUGCGCGGAUGGAUCCUCCAGAUUACUCCUCCCUGGACCUAGCCUUCCGGGCAAGAGAUUGCUAUGAGUACACGGAGGGCCCGCAGGUGGAGUACCGGACAACAAUGUUCCUGCCUGCUAUCACACCCCAGGACUGCCUCGAUCAGUGCGCGGACGAGGAGUGGUCAACGGCCGCCAUCAUAUCGGCCGACGGCAGUCUUUGCGAAUGCGUCGGCGGAGAAGUGCUAAAGUGUUAUCUCCGGGCAGCUGGCACGCCAGAUACGAGUACGAUUGACGCGCUCGCUGGAAAAAAACGUGUGUGUCACACGAGAGACGUUGACCUCGGCGGCGCCGAGUACAAAGACGUUUGUAGCUACGACUACCCGUGCGAGGGCAGGUGUCAUAGCAGCUACACUACGAUGCAGUGCGACGGAAACGGACAUAUCUGGCAGGGGGAACAGUGCGACUCCUGCGACUCCUCAGGCUGUGAGCCAUACGACCUGACGGCGCAGUGGGGAGGCUGGGUGGUAUGUGAUCCGGCCACAAAUGCGUGGGGCUUUGACAAUGAUUUCAACGGUGUGCUCGACUGGGUGUCCGGUUAUAUUAUGCCAUGCUCGUAUGAUGAAUGGUGCGAACGGGCGGAAUGCGAGCCCUCUGGCGACGUCACUUCCUCUCCUAGCGGCACGACGAACCGCGGCACCGGGAACGGGUAUUGCUCCGGCGGCCUGGAAGAAUGGAUGGGCUGCGCCAAAUCGCCGGCGGAUUGCUGGGAACUGUGCGUGAGCGACCACCUCGACGACCUCGUGGCCAUCAACUGGGAGAAGGACGACGACUCGUGCUACUGCCAGACCGGCUGCCAGUGCAUGAAGGACAUCGGCGACGACGAACUCUACCUCAUCACGCGCGACUCGGCGGUCGCGCAGCUGCCGGAUAUGUGCGACGACGACGACGACGACGACGACGAGGAAUGUUACAUCGAGACGUCCGACGACCUCAGCUCCUCUCCGAGCGGCACCACGAACCACGGCGCCGGGAAUGGAUGGUGCUACAGCGAACUGGACGACUUAUUGGGCUGCGCGGCGUCGCCGGGCGAUUGCUUUAGUAUGUGUGAGGACUCUUUCGGCGACGAUCUCGUGGCCAUUGACUGGGGGGACGAAGGCGACUGCUACUGCCAACACGACUGCGAGUGCAUGGAGGACGUUGGUGACUCGGAGGAUACCUACCUCAUCACGCGCGACUCAGCCGUCGCCGCGCUGCCGCACGAGUGUGGCCCCGGCGAAGGUGAAAACGCGGAUGAGGACGAGGACGGCGACGAAGACGAGGAGUGCUGCGUCCAUCACACUUACUGGGCCGACGGCUCGUUGGCCGGGACUACGUGCCCUCAAUGCUGUUCGCCAUUCGACGCCUCUACGAUGAGCAGCAUCGGAAAUGCGGGCUGUACGGGCUAUUCCGAUGCCGGUGAGGUGGCACCACCCUUCCUCGAUUGCAGGCAGGAGGCGAUCGACGCGGGGAGCUGCGGAACGGGGCACAUCUGCGCGACGUGCGCCGACUAUGGCGUUCCCACGGGCCAGUACUGGUCGUUUGUCGGCUACGCAUCGUGCCCCGACUGGGUGGUGGACGCCCUCUACGAGGAUGCCGAAGACGGCGGCAAUUGCGAGUCACAUUUGGACGAGGAUGGCGACGAGGACGAUUGGACCGACGGCCCAGCUGGCUAUUGCGAUGGCGAUCAAGAGGUCGAGCUAGGCGAGACGGCCUCGCGCGAGGAGUGCAUCGACGCCUGCGAAGAGGCAGGAUACGAAGCCAUGGCGUGGGACACAAUCGGGGGGGAGUGCUACUGCUUCAUAGAGGAGUGGUGCGACUGCGUCGAGGAGUACGCCGUGGACUACGAGGACUGCUGGUGCGGCGAGACCGACGACGGGUUCGACCCCGAAGGCAUGUCCGAGAGCGAGUGCGCCGCGGCGGGAUGUGACCACUAUUCUGAAUUAGGGGGGGCCUGGUGCGAAUGUGAGGAAGCCAUGUGCGCGUCGGCCGGGGGGCAGUGGCAGUGCGAGGCCUUUGGGCCGAUGGCUUUCAAGGGCUUUACGCGAGGGGUGUGUGACGACGAGGACGGCGACGAGGACGGGGACGAGGACGACAUGGUUUGCGACUACGACUAUACUCACUCGUACGGUGGUAACUCCUGCCGAGGUCCUUCCGCUUGCGGCUGCGGAGAGGACUCCUUCUGUAAUUUCGUCGACGGAGACAGCGGGGGAUGCGAGGCAUGCUCCGACUUCGACAGCGUGUCGGAGUGCUACUACGGCAACGACAUGCCGAGAGACGGCAAGGUCGAUUGUUCUUCGUGUUGUUUCCCCCGGGAAAACCCCGGCAGCUACGUAAAUCCGUUCGACGAGUCGGACCUUGCUCAAUGCUUCGAGUGCGUGAGCGAAGAAUGCGAGGAAGACGCGACGUACGAGACUAUAUGCAGCGGCUGCCUCGGCGAGGAGUGCAAUGCGUGCAAGUUAGCCUUUGGCGCGGACGACCUCGAGGCCUUCGUGAGCGGCGGCUGCGACUACUUCGAUGACGACUCGGACUCGGACAUCGGCAGAUGGUUUUGGUUCGAGGGCUGCGGGCUCCUGCGGGGGUGUGCGUACAGCUGCUCGUAG